GUUUUAUAGUGGUUUUUUGAAAAACCCGUUGGUUUUUCAAAAAACGAUAAGGCAGUUUUCGGUUUUUUAAAAAUCCAAUUGGAUUUAUACUUAACGCUCAAAGUAUUACGGUUUUUCAAAAAACCAAACGCAUACCAAACUAUAUGAGUUUUGAAAAUUUUACGAAAAUGUCUGGAAUCGCUGUUAACAUUUUGCCAGAACAACCUGAAACUUGGUCAUCUUUGGAUGUUACUCAAUGGUUAAUAAAUUGUAACUUAGAAUCAUGUGUUGACAAAUUCAAAGAGGAAGAUAUAGAUGGUACAGUUUUGCUGGACAUAGAUGACUAUACAUUAAAGGAGCUUAUUCCCAUUAUUAAAUUAAGAAUAACAUUUAAAAAAGAAGUAAGUAUUCUUAAAAGGUUAUGUACUGAAGUAAGUUGUUCUGGAUUGCUAAUUUUGAGUCAGUCUUCGCUAUCUGUAGUUGAUUUUAACCUUCCAAUUUUAAAUUCAACUUCAAGUGGCAAAGAACUCAUAUUGCCAAAUUUUCUGAUGAAUGCAAUUUCCAGCAAAGAAUUAAACUUCGAUGUUCCUGGAAAAUCAAAAUUAAAGACCUCCUUUUUGGAUGUACUGUUUGAUGUUAUAAAAUCCAGAUAUGGUCUGUAUCCAAGUAGUUCACAAUUGUAUGAAUUAGCACAUGAAGUGAUUCUACGUUUUCCAAAUGUCAAGCGAACACACGGAAAUGGCUCAGGAAGCUCAGCAUUUUUGUUUACACUUUAAUUUCAAAAUUGUUUCAAUAACAAAUAUUUUAUUGUUCUUAGUUAAUUAUAAUUAGCAAACAAAAUGUGUGUGGGUGUAUAUAAAUACACCCAAAAUGUGUUUAUAUAAAUAUACACUCAAAAUGUGUGUGUAUAUAUAAACCCAAUAUAU